GGUUUGUCGUAGAGCAAGCAUUGCAAUUAUUAACUAGCUCGAGCUGGUCGGGCAUUUGCCCCUUUCCUUAUAAGGACAAGUCUUUUUCGCCGCGUUCGUAGCCUCCUUCCAGUGGUACUUGUAACAAAAACUCUCCAUAUGUUAUAGCAUAUUCGUUUGAGCUUAUAUAGCUGCCAGCGUCGCUCACACCCAAGCCGAAUGCGCAGGGCCAUGGUCCCGCAGCAGGCGAACAAGUGAGCCCUCGCGGACGGAGCCAGCGCGUGCUUUCUGUGGAGCACGCUUAGCAUAGCUAGCGAAGGCAUGGAGGUGCAGGUUCCGAGCACGCUGCCGGUGUCGGCGCUGCAAGGGAGCGCCAGCCCUCGCAACGUAGGGUCGCCCUCCUCCCGCGUGAGGGCGAACCUGCAGGAGUCAAUAUCUGCGAGCAAGCUGUACAAGGACCUGUCACCCACCCGGGUAUACCAAAGCAGCAAUGAUGAGAGCAGGGUGACGCUGCCGGACCUCUUCCGGCAAAAGAAUGGCCUGCUGUCCUUGCGGCCAACAUACUCGAACGAGCCCAUUGGGGGUGAUGAAGACGACGCUGGGCGAACGCCAAAGCUGCUGCAGCGGCUUGAGGCUUUGUUGGAGGAGAAGCUGGGCCUGGUGGAGCGGCUGGGCAACGGCAACAAGGGCUUCGCGGCGGCACAGCUGCGCACGGACGCAUUCCGACAGGUGUUUGACGCCUUCCUGCACAGCUUCACAACGUACCGCUCGCUGCUGCUGCGCAUCAAGCAAGAGUACGACGUGGCGCUGGACGACGCGCUGGCGUCACUGUAUGAUAACGUGCACAUGAAGGCGGAGCUGGCGGUGGUGGACGAGCGCAUGGCCACGGCGGUGCAGCAGGCGCGCGCUCGUGCCAUGGAGGACGCCAGCGCCGUGCGCAAGGAACUGCAGGACCAGCUCAACAUGGAGGAGAGCAAGGCCUUACAGGUGAGGGCGCGCUGCCCCAAACUUGGGCACUACCGUAUCUUCCUCGUUACUGCCCAUCCAGAUACUGGGCAUCACACUCCGACCGCAUCACCCAUCCGCGCAUGCAGCUCCACAGCACGGUACUACUAAAAUACCGGGAGCCGCAAGUGCA